CGGGCUUCCUGCCUCCUUCCUGGGUCCUGUCACAGCCGGCUUGCUCACCCAUUGGGCGCCCGGGAUGGAAACUGCUCUCCCUCCUCCGGGGGACGGCGUGGGGCCCGUCUGCCCAGCGCCGGGGCCAGAGGCUGCGGCAGCAGCUCCCUCCCGGGGCUUUCUGUAGCCGGCUGGUCGUGGGCCAGGGCAGCUCCAUGCCCCGCAGGCCCGGGACGGUGGAAGGACCUGUGGUAGGCGGGAUGCUCAGGCAGGUCCGCGGAUGGCUGUCCCGAACCCCAGCAGGAUCUGCCCAGGACGGUCCGGGGGAGGCUGCCAAGGAGCCGGAGCGGGCCCCGGAGCACUGCCUGCCCACCUUCGCCGGAGGCCAGCACUUCUUCGAGUACCUCCUGGUGGUUUCCCUCAAAAGGAAGCGAUCAGGGGAGGAUUAUGAGCCCACGAUCACCUACCAGUUUCCCAAGCGGGAGAACCUGCUUCGGGGCCAACAGGAGGAGGAGGAGCGGCUGCUCAGUGCCAUCCCCUUGUUCUGCUUCCCGGACGGGAACGAGUGGGCCCCCCUCACUGAGUACCCCAGGGAGACUUUCUCCUUCGUGCUGACCAACGUGGACGGGAGCAGGAAGAUCGGCUACUGCCGGCGCCUCCUGCCUGCCGGCCGCGGCCCUCGGCUCCCCAAGGUGUACUGCAUCAUUAGCUGCAUUGGCUGCUUCGGCCUGUUCUCCAAGAUCCUGGACGAGGUGGAGAAGCGGCACCAGAUCUCCAUGGCCGUCAUCUACCCGUUCAUGCAGGGCCUCCGGGAGGCGGCCUUCCCCGCCCCCGGGAGGACCGUCACCCUGAAGAGCUUCAUCCCUGACUCGGGCACCGAGUUCAUCUCCCUGACGCGGCCCCUGGACUCCCACCUGGAGCACGUGGACUUCAGCUCCCUGCUGCGCUGCCUCAGCUUCGAGCAGAUCCUGCAGCUCUUCGCCUCGGCCGUGCUGGAGCGGAGGAUCAUCUUCCUGGCCGAAGGGCUCAGCACCCUGUCGCAGUGCAUCCACGCCGCCGCCGCGCUGCUGUACCCCUUCAGCUGGGCGCACACCUACAUCCCCGUGGUCCCCGAGAGCCUCCUGGCCACCGUCUGCUGCCCCACGCCCUUCAUGGUGGGAGUGCAGAUGCGCUUCCUGCAGGAGGUUCUGGACAGCCCCAUGGAGGAGGUCCUGCUGGUGAAUCUUUGUGAAGGAACCUUCUUAAUGUCAGUGGGUGACGAGAAAGACAUCCUACCUCCCAAGCUUCAGGAAGACAUCUUGGAGUCUCUCAGUCAGGGGAUGGAGGAGCAGCAGACCCCGGAACAGAUCAACGAGCACGUUUCCGGCCCCUUCGUGCAGUUCUUCGUCAAGACCGUGGGCCACUACGCGUCCUACAUCAGGCGGGAGGCCGGCGGGCGAGGCCGCUUCCAGGAGCGGGCCUUCUACAAGGCGCUGCCCUCCAAGGCCAACCGCCGCUUCGUGAAGAAGUUCGUGAAGACGCAGCUCUUCUCGCUCUUCAUCCAGGAGGCGGAGAAGAGCAAGAACCCGCCUGCAGGCUAUUUCCAGCGGAAGAUCCGUGACUAUGAAGAACAGAAGAAACAGAAGAAGUCGAAGGGAAAGUCUGUGAAAUAGGAACUGUGGCGAACGGGAGUGACCAGACUUACAGGCCAGUGGACUUUGGCCCCUGCCAGCACGGCGGGGUCGGCGAAAGCUCUCCGCUCCCACACCCAGCCUUCUCCUGAGUCCUGGGAGCCAGGUCUUGCUUCGAGCUGGCGCCUCGAGUGUGGGGUCCCCGGAACCUGCUUCCUCAAGACUUCGCAAGGCCCUGGCCUCUGUGCUCAGAGCGGGCGCGCCUCGUGCGGGGGGACAGAGCGGAGGGGACACAGAGUGAACGGGAGCACGGGUGGCACAGACACAUAGAGUUGCUGGAACCGCCCCUCCCAGGAACCACUAACAGAAUCCUCCGGAGAAAGCAGCUGCGGCUCGAAGGCUCGGCUCUCCACACGAAAAGAAAGGGCCAUGGACACGCGAGGAUAAGAAUAAAACGAGAACUUCCUGUGGUU